AUGGAAGCCACACUGGUUCUAUGCGUCGGGUGCGUGGGAAUUUCUGAAGGGGCUGACCUGACAUGGGUGGCCAUCUUUGCAAUUGAAUUGGAGCGAGCCGAUCUGUCAGCGACCGAGCAAGAGCAAGUUAACCAAGUGCUCGCUCUACCUAGUAUCGAGAGAGCUGCGGACAUCUUGCUUGCCAGUGAAGGUCUGAUUAGCUUAACAUUGAUGAGGCCAAGUCGAAAUGAUCACAAUAUGCAAGCUCAGCCGAUAAAGAUGUCCAAGAAAGGCUGGUCUGGAGGCUCGGCUAGAGGCUCGCAACCAACUCGAGUGGGGGCGUCUCCCCAUAUGUCGAUGGUUCGGUGCCAAGCCACUAGUACGACUGCGAGUCCCGCUCAAGGAUCUCAGAAGAGGCGAGCUGACGAGCAGUUACCCCGAGACACAGGGAAGAUGCUAGUUGAAGACGAGCCGAGGAGGGAUAGUGGGAAGAGGCAGUGGUCCCUUGGAGUCGUAGGUGGAGGGAGAAUUGGUGAUCAGCUCGUACCAAGAGGCGGUUUAAAUGGAUGCUGGAAGUGGAUGUGGUCGAGGGGCUGUUCACCAAGGAGAUGGGUUAUAGUGGCAUGA